CUGUGGAUUAUUAUUAUCGGAACAUCCGUCAUGUCCCAAAUAGGCCCAGUGCACACACAAAUCAUUUCACAUUAUAUUUGCAGUGAGCCUACAAUGUUGCUUGUCGUCGUAGUCACUAUAUUUGUGUUAGGAGUUGAGGGUACAGAUUACAGAUCAGAGCUCACUGAUCCAGCAUGGCAAGAUGUGAUCUCCAAAGGUGGUAUGCACAUCGGCAGCGGAAGGACAAAGCGGUUUGUUCAACUAAAUGAAAGUCAGCCGAAUAUAGCAUACCAAGAAUGUGUAUUGCCAAAUGGCAGAGGAGGUCAUUGUAGACAUCUGCACUAUUGCGUACAGGACGACUUCAAACAAAAUAUACUCAAGUUCACGCAGUACCUAUGUCUUAUUGAACAAACUAACAUAGGUGUAUGUUGUCCAGACAUAGAGGGACCAGAAGGUCUUGCUGGAGAUUUACCAGCAACUGCGCCUCUCGAAGAAUCCAAUGAUCUCUUAAACAGAAUAACGCGAGACGAAAACAGGGGUUGUGGUCUCAGUACAAGACCUCACGGCCGUUUGUUUGGCGCGCAACCGGCGAACCCUCGCGAAUGGCCCUGGAUGGCAUCUAUCACCCCAGAAGGCUUCGAGCAGUACUGCGGAGGUGUACUCAUCACCGAUCGACAUAUUCUCACAGCUGCUCAUUGUACUAGAAGAUGGAAAGCAGAAGAUCUGCGCGUACGCCUCGGCGAGUAUGACUUCAAUCGGAAUAACGACUCCCGGUCGUACAACUUCCGUGUAACCGAGAUCCACCAACACGUUGACUUCGAGCUGCCCAGCUACCACCAUGAUAUCGCCAUCCUAACGCUCCACAGGCCCGCAGUGUUCAAUACUUACGUAUGGCCGAUAUGUCUCCCGCCCGUAGGCUUGAAAUUGACGAAUAAAACGGCUGUCAUUAUUGGAUGGGGAACGCAGUUUUACGGUGGCCCACACAGCCAUGUACUAAUGGAAGUAGCAGUACCCGUGUGGGAUCAGCAGAGGUGUAUCGACGCAUUUGUAGAUUCCGUCUUUGAAGAGAGCAUAUGUGCUGGGGGCUAUGAUGGCGGAAAGGACGCUUGUCAGGGUGACAGCGGAGGCCCUCUUAUGCACCAGCUUCCGAGCGGACGGUGGAUCGUAGUGGGAGUGGUGUCGUGGGGAAUACGCUGCGGAGAGCCCAACCAUCCUGGAAUUUACACUCGCGUCGAGAAGUACUUAUCCUGGAUAGUGGAGACCGUCCGAUUUUAAGGAUACGCAACAUUUACUAUGAUUUCGAUAUUCACAAUGUUAUAGAGCUGAAAGCAAAUUUAUUUUUAAAUCAGGAA